GGCCCAGAGCGGCGGUCGGCGGCGGCGGGAGGAGCCGGCGCUGCGCUGCGCUGCGCUGCGGAGGAAGGAAGCGGGCGCGGGGCCGUGAGAGCGCAGCCGUUGGUUACGGCUCCCGGUGCCGAUCGGGGGCUGCUUCGCCGCCGCCGCCGCCUGACAGUUGUUCGUCGCCGCCGUUUUGUGCGGGAGGAGGGAAGCGAGCGAGCUCCGGCGAGCGGGGAGGCGCGACUGGAAGCGAGAAAUAAUUAACUGGAGGAGGAAGAGGAGGCGGAGGAGGAGGAGGAGGAGGACGGGGGUGGAGGAAGACGAAGGAGGAAGGCACCGCGCGCAGAGCCCAGCCCAGCCCGGCCGCAGCGGCGGGACGCGGCAACUCCGGCCCCGGCGCAGCAGCCGGAGCGCUGCCCGCAGCGGCGGCCGCCUCAGCCCGUGCCCGCUGUGCGCGAGGGAGCGCCGCGCCGCCGGACAUGUCGGAGCACAAGGGCAGCGAGCCCAAGUUGUCGACGACGGACAGGGUGGUGAAAGCUGUCCCAUUUCCUCCAAGUCACCGGCUCACAGCUAAGGAAGUGUUUGAUAAUGAUGGCAAGCCACGUGUGGAUAUCUUAAAGGCACACCUUAUGAAAGAAGGGAGACUGGAAGAAAGCGUCGCAUUGAGAAUAAUAACAGAGGGAGCUUCAAUUCUUCGUCAAGAAAAAAAUUUGCUGGACAUAGAUGCACCAGUCACAGGUUAGUGCAGAUUUACAAUGGUGGAGAUGUGGCGGUUG